AUGCUUCCGCGGAAAACGCCCAAAAUUGCGUCUGCCGCCGCAGCUCUGGUCGAAGGCCCCGACCACAUCAGCAACCUCCCGGACGGCGCGCUGCAGCACAUACUCUCCUUCCUGCCGGCGCAGGGCGUCGUACGGACAUGUGUGCUCGCCAAGCGCUGGCGCCACAUGUGGAAGUCCACCACCGUCCUGCGCUUCGUGUGCGGCGGAAUUCAGGAACCAAAGUCCAUGAAGGAGAUUCAGGAUUUCGUGGACCAACUGCUACGCCUGCGAAUCAGGGAAGGCACGCCGCUUGACACGUGCGAGUUCCGUCUCGGCGAGAAUGAUGACAACGACAUGAGUCGCUUGGACCUUUGGAUCCAUAUAGCUCUCCAGUGCAAAGUCCGGGUUCUCCAGCUCAACUGCGCGGGCACUCCUCGUUUCCAUAACCAUCCAAUCUUCAUCUCCCAAUACCUGAAGAAGCUAGAGCUUCAGGGAUUCGACGACAACGUGGUGCCCAGCAGAUUGCUUGACUUCUCCUGCUGCCCCAAUUUGGAAGACCUUGAGAUUGUUGACUGCUACCUAGGGGGUGCCUUACUCAUCUCGUCACAAUCCCUAAAGUGUCUAACCAUUGAGGAUUGUUUUUUUGGUUAUGAUGACUGUCGCAUGCCUAUUUGUGCCCCGAAUCUUGUUUCACUAUGGCUUGAAGUUCGUGAUGGCAGGACUCCAUCGCUUCAGAGGAUGCCAACCUUACUAACAGCAUUUAUCAAAAUCCACAGUUAUGAUGAUCUGGUUACCCUUGACUCUGAUGAUGACAGCAACCAAAGUAUUCUCUUGCAAGGUUUAUCGGAAGUCCAGAACUUGGUGCUGAUAUCUCAUGACACCGACAUGUUUAUUUUCAGAAGGGACUUAAAAUUUUGCUCUAGUUUCAACAAGUUGAAGUCUUUGCUCCUCGAUGAAUACUGGUGCGAGCCUGCUGAUUUCAGCGCACUAGCUUGCCUCCUCAAACUUUCACCGGUGUUAGAGAAGCUCACUCUUCAACUAUAUUCAAAGGGACCUGAACAUAACGUGGAGAUUAAACUGAGCUGCAAACCAUUGGAGAUGUCAGCUGCAAUAUCACAACACCUUAAGACAGUCGAAGUCAGAUGUGAAGUGUAUGACGAGAGAGUUCGCAAUGUUUUGACGUUUCUUAGUAAACUUAACAUAUUAUGGUUCCAAAUUAUAUGA